CAUGUUCAUUACAUUACUUUCGAUUGGUGUUACUAUAGUUUUAAUCAGGUAUAUAGAACAAUUUCUUAGGUCAUUUUAUAUAAGUGACCUAGAGAAUAAGUAUGUUCUGAUAACAGGAUGUGACACAGGAUUUGGAAAUUUACUUGCAAAAAGUUUAGAUAAUAAAGGAAUAAAUGUUAUAGCAACUUGUCUAACUGAGAAUGGAGCUAAACAAUUAUCUGAUUGUUGUUCAAUGAAAUUAACAACUUACAUUUUAAAUGUUACUAAUGAAGAUGAAAUUGAUAAUUUAAAGGAAAUGAUUACAAAAAAAGUAGGUGAUAAAGGUUUGCACGCUUUAGUAAAUAAUGCAGGAAUUCUUGGAAAAGAUUAUGGCUCCCCAGAGACUUUAUUAAUGUCAAAUUUAACAGAAAUUUUAAAAAUAAAUUCUGUUGCACCAGCAGUACUUUGUUUUAAAUUUCUUGAAUUGUUAAAUAUGGGAAAAGGUAGAAUAAUAAAUAUGGGAUCAUUGGCUGGAAGAGUUCCAUCUGUACACUUCUUUUAUGGUAUUUCUAAAUUUUGUAUUGAGGGUUUAUCAUCCAUUUUAAGUUUUCAAUUGAAAAAAUAUGAUUGGAAUGUUUCUGUUCAUACCAUUGAACCAGAGGCAUAUUCAACUACUAUAGCUGAAGAGGAUGAACUUGAAAAGAGUGUCGUAGAAGGAUAUAAAAGAGUAUCAAAAUUUUCAAAGGAAAAAUAUCCAACUGUAGAUGAUUAUCUUCAGAUUUUUUUGUAUGAGCUUGCAGAAAUUCCGUUGAAUGACAGAGUAGAGGAUGUUACUAAUGCUUAUGAACAUGCCAUUCUUUCUGUGUGGCCUAAAAAUAGAUAUUCAGUUGGUAAUAUGGCGAAAUAUGUUAUAAUUCCUCUGAGUUAUCUUCCAACCAGCAUUACAGACAAAAUUUUUGUGGAAUGA